AAAAUUAAACGAAAAUAUAAUUCGAAAUUAGUUUGUACUCAUUUAUCGUAAAAUUAAAUUGUGUUUCGUAUCCUAACCUCAUACUUUAUGUGUAUGCGUGAUAUUAUCAUUAACAAAUAUAUGAAUAUCUUACUUUUACAAUAGUAUUUAUAUACAAUUUUUGUCUGCUAGAAAGAAUCGUAAUCUAUUUAAUUCAUCGUGCAAAUGAAUUAAACUUAGUUGGAAGAUGGGGAAAAAAAGAAAUAUUCAACCACCACCUGUAACAAUGCCUAGUCGUGUAAAGGUGGAAAUAAAAGAUGAAUUAGGAGACAGUGAUGUACUUGUUGCAAGAGAUCGUUUAAAAGGUGCUCUUAGAGAGUUAUUACAACAUAGUGAUACAGGAUCCUCAGCAGAUUCAAGUGAAGAAAGUUCUGCACAAGAUUAUAGACAUUCAAUGAAGAAAAUAGAUAACAUGUAUAGAACAAAAUCAAUGGGUUUUCAACAACCACGUAAAGUAAGACGUCGUAGACAAAUACAAAUGGAUACUGCAUUUCAUCAUACUUAUGUUAUGAAGCUAUUUGACAGAAGUGUUGAUUUAGCACAAUUUCAAGAAGAUACACCACUUUAUCCCAUAUGUAGAGCUUGGAUGGCAAAUCAACCAAGAAAUCCUAAUCUUGUACCAAAAAUACGCAGUCCAAGUCCAGAAAUAGUAAAUGAAGUUAAUAUAAGUAACAAUAUAUUGGACAGUAAUGGAGAAGUUCGUGAUGUUUAUUAUUUGCCACCUCCAUUACCUUGUGAAGAAGCUAUACCUAGAAACCGUAUACCUUCACCAAUACCUAGAGAAAAAGAAGAAUUGAACUUGGAUUAUGACGGACAAACCCUAAAAUCACGAGAAAUGUUGUUAAGAGAACACAGAGCACAUUGGAAUGCUGUGCGCAAAAAAUGGCACCAACAAGCACACAAGAAUGAACAACGUUUUACGGAAAGUGCAAGUAUAUUAAACACUAUAUUUAAGAGGGCACAAUCAGAAUUUGAAUAAUCCAUUACCUGGCAGAUUGAUCAUUGUCACUGAUUGGUAAUAAAUAUAAUUUCUGCUCUUCAUUGUAAUAUAAAUAUUUUUUUUCGUAUUUUUCUACACACAUUUUAUUUUAUACACGUAAUUAUGUCUAUUAUAUACCACUUGUAGAAAUAUACCUUUUUAUUACAAUA